CCACCAAAGAGCCGUCGGCAGGGAGUCUUGGGCCGCCCUGUCAACUCAACCCCACUAUGCUACCCCAAAGGACGGCCCCGGUCUCAACGGCCGGGGCAGGAGGGGGAAGCUCUCUUAAGAGAAAACGGGGCCCUUUGCUCUCCGGAUUGCGGUCAUUUUCUCUUCUCUUCUCCAUUCUACGGAGCCCACCGUGAGACUCGACCCAAUAUCGCCCCCGGAAAAUCAGCCAAGAUGGGGUUCUCAGCGCGAAUGUUGCAGAAGAUCGUGAGGAAUGAGGCCAUGGCCCAGGAUCCUCCCGAGAUCUAUGGCUGGCGCGUUUACCUCCUGGCCUGUUCGGCCUGUUUCGGUGCCAUGUCGUUUGGCUGGGACUCGGCAGUCAUUGGGGGAGUCAUCGUGUUGGACCCUUUUAUCGCGGAUUACAAGUUGGGCGACCUCAAGUCACCGGCGUCCGCCAGCCUAGCGGCCAACAUCGUAUCCACACUACAGGCCGGGUGUUUCGUUGGCGCCCUCGCGGCGUCCCCGCUAACCGACAGGUUCGGGCGCAAGUGGUGCCUCAUCGGCAUCUCCAUGGUCAUCCUCGUCGGCGUCAUCCUGCAGAGCGCGGCGUCGGGGAACCUCGCUCCCAUGUACAUCGGCCGCUUCGUCGCCGGAACCGGCGUCGGCGCCGCUAGCACCAUCAACCCGAUCUACGUUUCAGAGAACUCGCCGCGAGCCAUCCGCGGUCUCCUCACGGGCCUCUACCAGCUCUUCAUCGUCACGGGCGGCAUGAUCGCCUUCUGGAUCAACUUCUCGGCAAGCAUCCACUUCAAAGGCAAGCUGAUGUACGUCUUCCCGCUGGCCAUCCAAGCGCUGCCGGCCGUCCUUCUCGGGGGCUGCAUGCUCCUAUGCAACGAGUCGCCGCGCUGGCUGGCCCGACAGGACCGCUGGGAGGAGGCCAAGCUCAUCCUCUCCAAGACCCGCAAUCUGCCGCAGACUCACCCUUACAUCGAGGAGGAGUUUAAGGAGAUCGUCGAUCAACUGGAACACGAGCGCCGGCUCGUCGGCGACGCCACCUUCUGGAACCUGCAGCGGGAGAUGUGGUUGAUUCCCGGCAACCGCCGUCGGGCCAUCAUCUCGGUCGUGCUCAUGAUCUGCCAGCAAAUGACGGGGACCAACGCCAUCAACACGUACGCGCCCACCAUCUUCAAGAACCUCGGCAUCACGGGCAUGUCGACGUCGCUCUUCAGCACGGGCAUCUACGGCAUUGUCAAGGUCACCUCGUGCAUCUGCUUCCUGCUCUUCAUGGCCGACUCGCUCGGCCGGCGCCGCUCUCUCCUCUGGACCUCCAUCGCCCAGGGCCUCGCCAUGUUCUACAUCGGCCUGUACGUCCGCAUCGCCCCGCCUAAGGCCGGCGACACCGUGCCCCCGGCCGGCUACGUCGCUCUGAUCUGUAUCUUCCUGUUCGCCGCCUUUUUCCAGUUCGGCUGGGGACCUGCCUGCUGGAUCUACGCCAGCGAGAUCCCGUCGGCGCGGCUGCGCUCCCUCAACGUUUCCCUCGCCGCCGCGACGCAGUGGCUGUUCAACUUUGUCGUCGCCCGCGCCGUGCCCACCAUGCUCAUCACCGUCGGCAGCAAUGGAUACGGUACCUACCUCAUCUUCGGCAGCUUCUGUUUCAGCAUGUUCCUCUUCGUGUGGUUCUUCAUCCCCGAGACCAAGGGCGUCUCCCUCGAGGCCAUGGACAAGAUGUUCGGCAUCACCGAACUGCCGCCAAAGACGGUCGAAGGCACCGAGAACAACAAGGACGAGGCCGGCGCCUCCGAGAUCCGGGUCGAGGAGAAGCAGCAGUCGCAUGUGCAGCAGGUGGCAUGAUAAUCUCUGGGGAGAGGAUCCCCUUCGCGGUUUCUUGUUUGCACGUCGACGGCUUGUUUUGAAGGCAACGGGCGAAGCACGCCUGUGGAGAAGGUGGUGGUAAUUGAGAUAGGGAAGGACCUAGGUGGCUAUAUAUAUAUCAUACACCCCAUAUAUAUUGCUGUAUUUCCUUCAUCAUCGUAUCUAGGGAUCAACCGAAGAAUAUAUCAGGUUCUUCAACUCGGGACUAGACCACAGACCCAUGUUCCCAACCAUUCUGAGAGGACGCGCACCGUCUCUCAACUGACAGACGUCCCCACUAAUAUCCCCAUGUGCUAAGCGAAGCUCAGAAUGAUUGGGGACAGGGGCUGUGGUCUGGUCCCAAGUUGAAGAAAGAACAAACCCAAGCUUGACUCGUGUCACUUGGGAACAAUAUCGCCCAAACUGACUCAGCAACAACUCGACUCGAUCUCGAAAAAAAAAAAUUUACCAAGUCAAGGUCGGCUGGGACCAGACC